GCAACUCCCCUUCUCUUUUCCUCAAUCAUCCCUUAUUUAUUCAUUCCUCAUUAUUAUUAUUCUCCCAUCCCAAGAAAAACUCAACACAAACAAAAAUUCUCGUAAAAACUCUCAUUAAAAAUGGAUUCCAAGAAUUACCCACAAAAUUUCCAAGAUCAAUUACCAUUAAUGGCGCAAAAAUUAGGCGGAGAAGCUUUAAUUGGAGAAUUAUGCAAAGGAUUUCGCUUACUUGUUGAUAAUGAUAAAGGGGUGAUCACGUUUGAUAGCUUGAAGAAAAACGCCGCAAUUUUGGGUUUGCAAGAUUUGAGCGAUGAAGAUUUGCGCAAUAUGUUGAAAGAAGGUGAUUGUGAUGGUGAUGGUGCGUUAAGUGAGAUGGAAUUUUGUGUUUUGAUGUUUAGAUUAAGCCCUGAAUUGAUGGAAGAAGCUGAGUUUUUGCUUCAACAAGAACUUCAAUUUGUUUCUCAGUUGUAAUUUUUUUUUUGGGGGGCUUUCCUCUUUUGAGGCAUACUGUAAUUGAUGAUUCUUUGGCCAUUAUGAUUAUUUAUUAGUAUUAUUAUUA